GAGAAAGAGAGAUUCUUGGUGUUUGAGAAGGAGAUUAAUAAGGGUUAAGAGGAGUGGGGAAGAUGAUGCACAUGGAAUGCUGUUGGCUUUUAUGAGAGAGAAAUGGAUAUAAAGACGUGCAGUUCUAAUCAUGGAGGGUUUUCUGGCAUUGCAUGUGCUUCUAUCUUCUCGGCCCACUUCACAUUAUUUUACACACACCAUCACCAUCUUCUCUCCUACCUAGAAUAAUCUAAGACUUGUACUUUGUUUACAAACUCUCUCUCUCCAUCUUCUUGCAUAUAUAUCACUCUCAAUCUUUCAGUUCCCCAGCAUUAAAGGAGCACCCCCCUCAAAACGUCGCAACGUGCCCAAAAUGCGUAGCAGUCCCUCCACCUGCGGCCGAUCCUGGUCUAUAAGUGAGGAUUCCUUGAGAAGAUACGUGUUCCACGCCAGUGAGAACUGCAUUCAGGAAUUGCUUUCGGCCUCAGAUACCAACAGGGAUGAGAGUUUUACUUUGAAUGAUGGCUGGAAAGUGGUUGCCAUGGAGAACGGGGUGGAGAUAUCAAAACGUAGAUCCGGAUCACUUCACACAUUCCGAAGUCGUCGGGUGCUGAAAUCAGUCUCGCCCCAGCAGUUCAUGACUGUGGCCAAUGCAAUUGAUGCUGCAAAGGAGUGGGAUGCUGAUUUAGUGGAAGCCAACUACAUCAAAGACCUUGAAGAAAACCUGAGCAUCAUCCGACUAAGGUUUGGAGAGAAAUCCAAACCUUUAUUCAGAAACAGGGAAUUCAUCGUCUACGAACGACGCGAAACAAUGGACGAUGGAACUCUGGUAGUGGCAGUGGCUUCUCUUCCAAAAGAGAUAGCAGCUGGACUACAUCCCAAGCAAAACAACUCAAUAAGAGGGCUUUUGCUGCAGUCUGGAUGGGUUGUUGAGAAGCUGGAAGAUGAUUCAUGCAUGGUUACUUACAUAGCCCAAUUGGAUCCUGCAGGAUGGCUACCCAAAUGCUUUGUGAAUCGUUUCAAUACAAAGUUGGUUAUGAUAAUUGAAAACCUUAAAAAGCAGGUGCUGUCAUGUCCCACCACUGCUGCUACAUGAUUAUACUUUUGUAUAAAGCAAAAAAAAAAAAAAAAAGAAAAUAGUUAUUAAUAUAUUACAAGAAAUUAAGUGACCAAAUAUAUAAAUAUAUAGGUUAUUACAUGUCAUGAUUAUCUCAACAUAUUUGAAUUGUCAUGAUUCUAUUUUUGAUAUAUGGG